CUGCCCAAACAGCUCAGCUGACGAUGUAAACAACUGUAAACUAUAAUCGACUGUCAACAAAUUUAGUAGCGCACAAGUUCAGCCACUAGCAAUAGCAAUAAAGUGAGAAAACAAAGCCAAAGAAAUAGAAGUAAGUGUUAUCUGUUGAAAUAAAUACAAACCAAUUACAAUAGGUGAUGUAACUUACUGCUAAGCUAAAGAUCACAAUCCCCUUUAUCUGCUCUUUCACAAAUGAUUAGUGCAAUUGCAGCGCUUGCUAGCGGUUAGAAAAAUGUCUUCGACAGUGAAUUUAUCAGCAUUGCGUCUCAAAUAUUGUGAAAAGAAAGAAGUUUUCCUUGAAAAUAAUAUAAAAGUGAAGGAGCCUAUUACGCUAUUCCGUGAAUGGCUGGAAGAAGCGCUGAAAACGGAGGAACUGCUGGAACCGAAUGCCGCUUGCUUGGCAACAGUAAAUAGAGAUGGUAAACCUUCAAAUCGUUUUGUGUUGCUCAAAGACGUCACUGACGAUGGUUUCCGCUUCUUCACUAACUAUGGCAGUCAUAAGGCACAAGACAUUGCUUGCAAUCCCAAUGUAGCUAUGACACUUUAUUGGCUACCAUUGCGUCGUCAGAUACGAAUUGAAGGCGUGGCCGAGCAGAUACCCAAAGCAGAUUCUUUAGCAUAUUUUCAUCAGCGGCCACGUGCGUCACAAAUAGGUGCACUGGCUAGCGAACAAAGUACACGUAUACCUUCACGUCAGCAUUUAGAUAAAAUUGAGCGGGAGAUCAAAGAUAAAUUGGGCCCAAAUGGUGAGGUACCUCUACCCAACUGGGGUGGCUAUUUGAUAAGACCGCAUACCAUAGAAUUUUGGCAGGGACAAACCGAUCGCCUACAUGAUCGCAUACAAUUUCGUCGUGGGCCCGGAGUGGAAAAGGAGGUCGACGAAAAACUAGUGCAUAGAGGUGAAAACGGUUGGGUCUAUGAGCGAUUGGCUCCCUAGAUGAAGUCCCCUGCAUACGUCUACGGCAGUGCUGCCAGAAUAUUUUGAGGCUUAUAGCUUAAUUCUUCGAAAAAAAAUAGCUGAAAUUGGUAAAAAAUUUGUUUCAUCACCAAAAACAAAAAAAUAGCUAAAAAAUAUUUUUCUUAAAAAAUAGCUAAAUAAGGGUUUAUUCAAAAAGGAGUAACUUAAAAUAAUAUCAUACUUGUAUGUAGAUAUGUCUCUAAUAAUUAGAUAUUAUAACCCAAAUGAAAAUGAUUAUUUUAUUACAAAUGUACCUAAAUAUUUACACACAUUGAAUUGGCAUAGUAAAAUUGUAACUAUUGUAAAUAUUAAAAAAAAAAAAGUUGUUAACAAAAUUAGGCAUUUGAUGACACUGUGCGACUAAAAAGUACUUUAAAAUUUUAUUUUUAAAAUUACUUUGAAAUUUUAAAAAUAUAAAAAAAUUAUAAAAAAACAUAUUUUUGUUUUUGUCGCGUGGUGUAAUCGUUGUAAAUUUUAUACAGUUUGAUAAGCAUAUAGCACAGUAUACUGUAAAAUAAAGAAUCAGUUCAAAAUUAUAAAAUUCUAUGUAAAAAUGGAGAAAUAAAAAAAAAAUGAAUCUACAAUAGCUAACUCGAUUUAAAAAAAGAGCUAAAAACUAAAUGCAAAUUUCUGUAGCUAAACGUUGAAAAUAAUAACUAAAUCUAGAUAAAAAAUAGUUAAAUUGGCAACACUGGUAUACAGCCUAUUGAUAAAACUUGGAAGAGGUGGUGGGUAAUGAAAGAUAUUUUUAGUGACAAUAAUUUAACACGCCUUUUCAGGGGAAUUGGAUGUAACUAUUAAAUAAUCGCUCUUUCUUAGAUAAGAUUUAUAUUUUCUUGUUUAUUUUUUAAGACAAAAAACAAGCUUGUUAAAAUAGAGAAACUUUUAAAAU